UGGAAACUGCGAGUCCCACCCACAUCUUUUAAGUACAGUCUAUCCUGUCCUUCUACACACCGAAGAAGAAACACAUUUUCAGGAAGAGCUUGCGAAAGAGACAGAAAAGCAAUGAGCUACCCUGGAUACCCUCCUCAGUCGGGUGGAUACCCUCCGCAGGCUGGUGCUUACCCUCCACAGCCGGGUGCAUACCCACCCCAGCCCGGAGCUUACCCUCCCGCAGCAGGAGGCUACCCGCCACAGCCAAGCGGCUAUCCCCCUCAGCCCGGCGGCUAUCCCCCACAGGCUGGAGGCUACCCGCCGCAACAGCCAGGAGGCUAUCCCCCACAGCCCGGAGCCUUCCCACCACAGGCAGGAGGCUACCCGCAGCCUCUACCCACAGGCAGCUGGGGAGGUGGCCCGACUGGUGGAUAUCCGUCCAUUGGACUUGAUAAUUUAUCCAACCCUGGAUACAAUGCUGGCAUGGCCAACCAGAGCCCUGCAGGCGUGGGGGGUUUCCCUCAGCACCCAUCCAUGAUCGCCCCUGGGGGGUACCCACCUGCCCCUCAGCCUGGCGGGUACGGUACUCCCUUCCCUAACCAACAGCCGUAUGGCGUGUACCCACAGCCAGGAGGGCCCAUGCCCCCCCAGCAGGGCCCAGCAAUGGGCUACCCCGGUCAGCCCGGUCAGCCCAUGGCUGGGUACCCCCGUGCACCGUCACCCAACCCGUCCAUGCCUGGUUACGGAGGAGCACCAGCGCCCAUGCCGGGCUACCCGAAGGUCCCAUCGCCAAAUCCAUCCAUGCCAGCUUAUGGAGGAGGAGCCAUGCCGAUCGCUCCGCAGAUCAACAGAGGAUUCAGGGGAACUAUCAAGGACUAUCCUGGAGCUGAUCCACUCAAAGAUGUGGAGGUCCUGAGGAAGGCCAUGAAGGGCUUUGGGACUGAUGAGCAAGCCAUUAUUGACUUACUGGGGAGUCGCUCCAACAAGCAGCGCGUGCCCAUGCUCCGGGCUUACAAAACCUCCUAUGGAAAGGAUCUGGUUAAAGACCUGCAUUCAGAGCUGUCUGGAGACUUCAGAAAGCUGGUCAUGGCCAUGCUGAAGACCCCCGCUGAGUUCGAUGCCUAUGAACUCAACAGUGCCAUCAAGGGAGCUGGAACUGAUGAGGCCUGUCUGAUAGAGAUCCUGUCUUCUCGCUCCAACGCCGAAAUCAAGGAGAUAAAUCGCAUUUACAAAACAGAAUACAAGAAGAAACUGGAGGAUGCCAUUAGCGGAGACACCUCAGGCCAUUUCCGCAGGCUGCUGAUCUCUCUUUCUCAGGGCAAUCGAGAUGAACGAGAAACUGUGGACAUCUCCCUGGCUAAACAAGACGCUCAAGCACUUUAUGCUGCCGGAGAAAACAAACUGGGAACCGAUGAGUCCAAAUUCAAUGCUAUUCUAUGUGCCAGAAGCAAACCCCACCUCAGAGCAGUGUUUCUUGAGUACCAGAAGAUGUGUGGCAGAGAUAUUGAGAAGAGCAUCAUCAGGGAGAUGUCAGGAGAUCUCGAGAGUGGCAUGGUGGCAGUGGUGAAGUGCAUUAAAAACACGCCUGGUUACUUUGCUGAGAGACUUCACAAAGCCAUGAAGGGAGCUGGGACUAAGGACAGAACUCUGAUCCGGAUUAUGGUCUCCCGUUCAGAGGUUGACAUGCUGGAUAUUCGCCAAGAGUAUGUCAAAAACUACGGCAAGUCGCUGUACACAGACAUCUCUGGAGACACAUCUGGAGACUACAAGAAACUCCUGCUGAAGCUUUGUGGGGGCAGUGAUUGAAAAUCAAGCAUUGACUACUACACUUCAGAUGUUUCUCUGAAUAUCAGUUUCCCACUUUUAUGCACUAUACUUUAACUCCAGCUAUGCAUGCCGUGCCAGUGCUCCCAAUGCAAUGUUUACAUAUAUACAUGUUGUUGCUUUUGUAUACCCAGUGUGAACCAAAGGUUUUAUAGUUUUUCAAUCGCAAUACGUCUGCUGGACAUUAAAUUGAAUCUCCAUAGCCAUACAGAGAAUUUGUAAGAGCUCUAAUUAGAAUUCUAUAUAUUUUUAAAGAAUUUUUUUUUUUAUAUUUUGAUUGUGCCAAGAGUCGAGCAAUAUCUGAUUCAGCUGGAGUUCUCAUCUUCAGCGAGGAUGAAGAAAAUACAGGACAAUGAACAUAAAGCAGCUAAGUCAAAGAUAAGGCUUGCAAUUUUAUAAUCCCCUCUGUCUUGCCUAUGUUUUUUUUUUGUUUAUGAUAGCUGUUCUGUUUGUAGAAGAUGCUUUAAGUUGUUUAGCAUAUACCUGUUUUUCUUUGUAGAACGUAUAACUCUGUCACAUUUCAUUUGUACUCUCAUCUUCAAGAAUCUCAUAAAAUAAAUAUCAAG